AUGGAUCUCUUAACGUUUCCCAGAUAUAAUCCCAAUGACAUCAUAACUCACAUCCGCAAUCAGAUCCUAACAGGAUCCGAAGCUAAAAACCUCUCCAAAAAUGACUUGUUUCCAAAUCCCAAGCCUGAGGUAUUGCACAUGAUCUUCAUGAGAACCUUGCAGAAUGUGUAUGGAAUCCGUCUGGAGCACUUCUACAUGAUGCCGGUCAAUGUUGACAUAAUGUAUCCACAGAUUGUUGAAGGCUUCCUACCUAUUUGUAACUUGUAUAUUAAUAUGGAGCGUUUUCUUCCAGUCUGCCGUAUUAAUGACUUUCAGAUUGCAGAUGUCAUAAAUCCAAAAGCAAAGCGGACAGCUCGUUUCUUGAGUGGCAUUCUUAACUUUAUUCACUUCCAAGAAUCACGUCGUGAGAUCUACAUGGAAUUCCAGUGGGCAUAUAAAUCAGCUCUGGAAAAAAUACAGCAACUGCAGACAGCAAAUCAGGAGGCAGCAGUGAAGCUAGAGAAACUUGACACGAUUCCAGUAGAGCAGAAAGCAGAGUUCAAGCAGCUGUCUGAUGAUAUUCAAGAACUGCAGCAAGUACUAAACCAGGACUAUCGUCAAAAAACGACAGCCUUGCAAGAAGUGACUUCCCAAAAGAAAGCAGAAGUUGCAGAGAGAACCCGAAGUCUGAAUCAGCUAAAAGUGACAAUGGCUACUUUGAAAGAAGAACAAGAGCAACUGAAAUCAAAAAUUGUAGAGUCUCCAGAGGAACUGAAGAAUUACAAAGAACAUAUGAAGGAGACUGUCCAGAAACUCAAGAAAACCAAGCAAGAGGUUAUUGAGAAGUAUGAAGGUUAUCGAGACCUAGUUGAGAUUCUGCCAUCAUGUCAAUUGGAGGUGCAAUUAUACCAAAAGAAAAUGCAAAGCCAAGGAGCAAAUGUGGAGAGAAUGGCCAAUAUCUCAUCAGAGGUCAGAAAUCUUGAGGACCAGAUUGAGAAUGGACAGAUAGAGUUGAAGAAUGCCGCGACAGAUGAAAUGUCCUUAAAGAGACUGGUCAACGCUAAGCGCGAGAAGCUGUCUACGGCUGAAAUAAGAAUAAAGAAGAAACAUGAGGACGUUGAGCAGUACAAGCGCACAGUAUUUGAGUAUUGUAACAGAGUUCAGGAGAAGAGAGGGGCUGUCUAUGAGAAGGUGACGGCGAUUCACAAGGAAAUCCAGCAAGUCAGAUUAAAAGUCCAGCAGCUGAACGAGAACACUGAAAAGGAAAAAAUGAAAGCACAAGAGAUCUAUCUUAACCUGAGGGCUGGCUUGGAGAAAUACCAUGAAGCUCUGGCAAAGAUAGCAGAGAGCUAUGCAGCCUCACGAGAUGAAAAAACUGCUGAACUAAAGAGGAGAAUGCUUUGA